AACAAAACGAAAUAAUGAAAGAAAAACCCUAGUAAUCUUUAACACACUAGUGUUGUUUGGAGUUUGAGUAGUACUAUACUAUUACUUUACUCAAAAUCAAAACACAACACUCUGUACUCUGUAGUAGUAGCAGUAGCAGUAGCAGUAGUACCUAAGUACCAUUUCCACCAUUAACCUUAACUCUCCACCUCAAAUCAAUAAUAUUCUCUUUGUUUUUUUAGCUCAAACCUCAAACCUCAAACCUCAAAGCCUUUUCUGUUAUAUUUACACUCAGAGAAGAGAUAAGAGAUAGAUAGAGAAUGAGCCAUUGUACAAUGAAUCACUGCAAUUAUGUCUCUUCAAAAUCAUCGACCCUUUUCUCCUCUUCCCUCUAUUCCUCUAAAGCCAACACCUUUCGAUUGUUGUUUGGCUCCACUAAGCUCCCAGGACCAAGAAAGGCCUCUUCUUCUACUGCUGCUUUGAAGCUUCGUCCAUGGGGUCCGAUUACUCAAUUUGCUCGACUGGAGAACAAGACUCAAAGAGUCAACUUGGUGAGGAGUGAGAAGGUGGCAACGGAGGCGCCACCUUCCAAAGUUGGGAAAAGAACGGACUUGAAGAAGAUUUUGAUAUUGGGGGCUGGACCCAUUGUGAUUGGGCAAGCUUGUGAGUUCGAUUACUCGGGUACUCAAGCUUGUAAGGCUUUAAAGGAAGAGGGUUACGAAGUGAUUUUGAUUAAUUCAAAUCCGGCUACCAUUAUGACUGAUCCUGACCUUGCUGACCGGACUUACAUUACUCCGAUGACUCCGGAAUUGGUGGAACAAGUUCUUGAAAAGGAGAGACCUGAUGCAUUGUUGCCCACUAUGGGUGGCCAAACAGCUCUGAACUUGGCUGUGGCUUUAGCUGAGAGUGGUGCUCUUGAAAAAUAUGGGGUUGAGUUAAUUGGAGCUAAGCUUGAAGCCAUUAAGAAAGCUGAGGAUAGGGAGUUGUUUAAGGAGGCAAUGAAGAACAUUGGCAUAAAGACUCCACCUUCAGGGAUUGCAACAACUCUUGAUGAUUGCUUUGAAAUUGCUAAUGAGAUUGGUGAGUUUCCUUUGAUCAUUAGGCCUGCUUUUACAUUGGGUGGUACUGGUGGUGGGAUUGCUUACAAUAGAGAGGAAUUUGAGACUAUUUGUAAGGCAGGGCUUAAUGCUAGUUUGACUACUCAAGUUUUGGUUGAGAAAUCUUUGUUGGGUUGGAAGGAAUAUGAGCUUGAGGUUAUGAGAGACUUGGCUGACAAUGUGGUUAUCAUUUGUUCUAUUGAGAAUAUUGAUCCAAUGGGAGUUCAUACUGGGGAUUCUAUUACUGUUGCUCCAGCUCAAACUUUGACUGAUAAGGAGUACCAGAGGUUGAGAGACUACUCCGUAGCGAUAAUUCGGGAAAUUGGAGUUGAAUGUGGUGGUUCUAAUGUGCAGUUUGCUGUUAAUCCAAUCGAUGGCGAGGUGAUGGUGAUUGAGAUGAACCCGCGAGUGUCUCGCUCUUCAGCUUUGGCUUCUAAGGCUACUGGUUUUCCUAUUGCUAAGAUGGCUGCUAAGUUAUCAGUUGGUUAUUCAUUGGAUCAAAUUCCAAAUGACAUUACAAGGAAGACACCUGCCAGUUUUGAGCCUUCCAUAGAUUAUGUGGUGACAAAGAUCCCUCGAUUUGCAUUUGAAAAGUUUCCUGGUUCACAGCCAAUACUGACGACACAAAUGAAAUCUGUUGGUGAAUCAAUGGCACUAGGCCGAACAUUCCAAGAAUCCUUCCAGAAAGCAGUGAGGUCUUUGGAAUGUGGUCACUCUGGAUGGGGCUGUGGUAAGAUAAAGGAACUUGAUUGGGACUUGGACCAGUUGAAGUAUAGCUUACGUGUUCCUAACCCAGAUCGAAUUCAUGCUGUAUAUGCUGCCAUGAAGAAGGGAAUGAAGAUAGAUGACAUUCAUGAACUGAGUUACAUUGACAAAUGGUUCCUCACCCAGCUUAAGGAGCUGGUAGAUGUAGAACAGUUCCUUUUGGCUCGAAGCUUGUCAGAUCUAACGCAAGAUGAUUUCUAUGAAGUGAAAAGAAGAGGUUUCAGUGAUAAACAGAUUGCUUUUGCCACCAAGUCGACUGAGACAGAAGUACGACAAACUAGGCUAUCUCUAGGUGUUGCUCCAGCAUACAAGCGUGUGGAUACUUGUGCUGCUGAGUUUGAGGCUGAUACUCCUUACAUGUAUUCUUCAUAUGAUUUUGAGUGUGAAUCAUCUCCCACCCAAAGCAAGAAGGUUUUGAUUCUUGGUGGUGGACCGAAUCGAAUUGGUCAGGGGAUUGAAUUUGACUAUUGCUGUUGCCACACAUCCUUUGCUCUUCAGAAAGCAGGUUAUGAGACAAUUAUGAUGAAUUCAAAUCCCGAAACAGUAUCUACAGAUUAUGACACGAGUGAUCGUCUGUAUUUUGAACCACUGACUGUUGAAGAUGUGCUAAACAUUAUUGAUUUGGAACGUCCCGAUGGCAUCAUUGUGCAGUUUGGGGGUCAAACACCCCUAAAGCUGGCUCUACCAAUUCAGAAGUACCUAGAUGAGCAUAAGCUUAAAUGUGCUAGUGGUGAUGGGAAUGUACGCAUUUGGGGUACCACACCGGAUUCAAUAGAUGCAGCAGAGGACAGAGAAAGGUUUAAUGCAAUUCUCAAGGAAUUAAAAGUUGAACAGCCGAAAGGAGGAAUUGCCAAAAGCGAAGCUGAUGCUCUUGCUAUUGCAGCGGAGAUUGGGUAUCCAGUUGUUGUCCGUCCUUCAUAUGUUUUGGGUGGUCGGGCUAUGGAAAUUGUCUAUAAUGACGAAAAACUUGCGACCUACCUUGAAAAUGCUGUAAAGGUUGACCCCGAACUUCCCGUGCUUAUUGACAAGUAUUUGUCAGAUGCCAUUGAGAUUGAUGUUGAUGCACUUGCUGACUCUUAUGGAAAUGUUGUCAUUGGCGGAAUAAUGGAGCACAUUGAGCAGGCUGGGGUUCAUUCUGGUGACUCCGCAUGCUCACUUCCGACAAAAACCAUCCCAUCUUCUUGCUUGGAGACAAUCAGGACAUGGACUAUACAAUUGGCUAAGAGACUUAAUGUGUGUGGCCUCAUGAACUGUCAAUAUGCCAUUACAGUGUCUGGAGAUGUGUUCUUACUUGAGGCGAAUCCUCGUGCUUCUCGUACAGUUCCUUUUGUGUCCAAGGCGAUUGGACAUCCGUUGGCUAAAUAUGCUUCACUUGUUAUGUCUGGAAAGUCUCUUUACGACUUAAAUUUCACUGAAGAGGUAAUCCCUGCUCACAUGUCGGUAAAGGAAGCCGUUCUUCCAUUCGAGAAGUUUCAAGGUUGUGAUGUAUUACUAGGGCCCGAGAUGCGUAGCACUGGUGAGGUGAUGGGUAUUGAUUACGAGUUUCCCAUUGCAUUUGCCAAGGCUCAAAUUGCAGCUGGACAGAAGCCACCGCUAUCUGGCACAGUUUUCCUGAGCUUAAAUGACUUGACCAAACCUCAUCUUGAAAAGAUUGCAAAGGCCUUCCAAGGGCUUGGAUUUAAGAUUGUUUCAACUUCAGGAACAGCUCAUGUCCUUGAAUUAUCAGGCAUCCCAGUGGAACGAGUUCUGAAGUUGCACGAGGGUCGACCACAUGCUGGCGAUAUGGUAUCCAAUGGGCAAAUCCAGUUAAUGGUGAUCACAAGCUCAGGUGAUGCACUAGAUCAGAUCGAUGGACGACAGCUGAGGAGAAUGGCUCUAGCUUACAAGGUUCCCGUAAUAACAACCAUCGCUGGAGCUUUGGCAACUGCAGAGGCGAUCAAGAGCUUGAAGACCAACACCAUUAAGAUGAUUGCUCUUCAGGACUUCUUCAAUGUCGAGUCCAAAACUCCCAACACUAGUAGUAAGACCUUCUCUACUGUACAGACACAGAGUGCCCAGUACUAGUAGUAACACCUUCCUACAUUGGUUUGGUUAAAAAGACAUUUACUUUAUUUUGUUGUCUGAAUCUUUUCUUUUAGUGACUAAGUGAAUGGUUUUCAUCUUCAUUGUAUAAUCAGUUAAUCACUUUUGAGUUGAAUCUCAUCUAUUCUGUAUUGGGUCUUUGUUCUUAAUUCUUACAUUUCCCUUAAUAGAUAAAAUAAAAAAGUAUUUUAAGUAGCAA